UUUAUUAUUGUAUCUUACAGUUAAAACUGGAAAUUGGAAAGAUGAGGAAAAAGUUAAUUCAUGUGAGAGAGGAACUGAUUGAGAAUGAGCCAAAGCUGAAAAAAUUGCAAAAAGAAUAUGCAGAACAGGAAGAGCAGAAAUCCUGCCUAAAUAAAGCCCACUCUUUCCUAGACAAUCUCAAAGAGCUGCAAAACAAUUACAUGGCAUUUAAGGCCCAACACCCAGGGACUCGAGAAACUUAUGGAAUGUCGAGCAUCGCUGCUCUGCUGCAACAAUCAGAAACCAUUUUCCGAGCUGAGAGUCAUUUCCAGAAUAUUAAUGCUAAGCUACAGAGUUUCGUUGAUCAGCAGAAGAAAAACGACCUGGUGUCAUCUUAAUGAUUCUCCAUUCCAAUUUUUUUUUAGCACAUAAAACAUUUUUGGUGUA